ACCGGAGCGAGCAGCACCGAAUGUCUUUAAGAGAAUUUUUUGAGUUUCAUGGGACUUUUGUGGUGUCUGAUGCUAUUCCGUAUCUAAGGUGGUUGGACUUGGGAGGCUAUGAGAAAGCAAUGAAAAAGACUGCGACAGAGCUUGAUGAAUUGGCUCAAGUUUGGCUUGAGGAGCAUAAGAGAAAAAGUGUUGAUCAUAAUGGUGGAGUAGUACUUAAUAGUAAGAAGGAGAAUGAUUUCAUGGAUGUGAUGCUUUCCAUUCUUGAUGACGACGAAUUGGGAGUUUCCAGCUACGAUGCUGAUACAAUCAACAAAGCUUCAUCUCUGAUACAGCACUUUCGACCUUGAGGUCCUGUAAACGGUCAUAUUUUCAAUAUUAGGGUCUACACGAUAAAGCUUCUAAAGGGAUCACACUUUGGGUAUGUAGCU